ACAGUUAAUGGGAUGAAAUUAAAUCCAGGAGCGUCUCGCGCCAGCAUUACUUACGGCCAAUCGUUGCUCGUGUUUGACGUGGCGUUUGUGAUUGGCUAAUCUCGCUCGCUCUACAAGAAUGACAGAUCGGCCACUGACGAAGCAAGCGAGCAAAGGAAAGUAGUGGGAGUGGUGGGAAUUGGUGGGAAUCAAUUUAUCACGAACGUCAUUGCAUCGAAGCGAUAAUACGCUCGAUUGUCGGCGAUGUCAUGCAUCCGUAAUGAUAACGCACGUUCAUGCGUUGUUUUGAUAUAUAAGCCUCGGUUGUUUUCUCACAGUUGUCGGUCCUUUGUGUGACAAACGAGACGCGACGCGUCGAAUCAGGCAAGAUGCUCCUGCACGUCACGUUCGUGAUCUUAUCUGUCUUCUGUACUGCAUUUGCUGCUGUGGUACAUUAUCAGCCGGAAGCUGUACAUCUUUCCUAUGGUGACACUGUUCAUGACAUUGUUGUCACUUGGAGCACGAGAAAUGAUACAAAAGAAUCAAUAGUAGAGUACGGUAUAGGUGGAUUUAUUCUGCGAGCUGAGGGAAAUUCUACUCUUUUUGUUGAUGGUGGAAAAGAGAAACAGAGGCAGUACAUACACAGAGUAUGGCUAAGGAAUUUAACGCCUAACAGCAAAUACAUAUAUCAUUGUGGUAGCCAUUAUGGAUGGUCAAAUGUAUUUUAUAUGAGAACCGUACCUGACUCUACGGAUUGGUCACCACAAAUAGUUAUCUUUGGUGAUAUGGGUAAUGAGAAUGCACAGAGUUUAUCACGGCUGCAAGAAGAGACAGAGCGUGGUUUAUACGACACUGCCAUUCAUGUUGGUGAUUUUGCCUAUGACAUGAACACAAAUGAUGCCCGUGUAGGAGACGAGUUCAUGCGACAAAUUGAAUCCGUUGCCGCUUACAUACCGUACAUGACUGUACCUGGCAAUCAUGAAGAGAAAUAUAAUUUUAGCAAUUACAGGGCUCGAUUUACUAUGCCUGGUGAUUCAGAAGGCUUAUGGUAUAGUUUUAAUAUAGGUCCUGUACAUUUUGUAGCUCUAGAAACUGAAGCUUAUUAUUUUAUGAAUUAUGGUUUAAAACAACUAGUUAAACAGUAUGAAUGGCUGGAUAAAGAUUUACGAGAAGCUAAUAAACCUGAAACGAGAGCUCAACGUCCGUGGAUAGUAACAUUUGGACAUAGGCCAAUGUACUGCAGCAACAAAAAUGCAGACGAUUGUACUAACCACGAGAGUCUAGUUAGAGUUGGAUUGCCAUUUUUAAAUUGGUUUGGAUUGGAAGAUCUAUUUUUCAAACAUAAAGUAGACUUAGAAAUUUGGGCGCACGAACACAGUUACGAAAGGAUGUGGCCUAUGUAUAACUUUCAAAUAUACAACGGUAGUUACGAAGAACCAUAUAGAAAUUAUAAAGCACCAGUACAUAUAGUUACUGGAUCAGCUGGUUGCAAAGAAGGUCGAGAGCAAUUUAUCUCGAAUCCACCGUCAUGGUCCGCAUUUCGUAGUUCAGAUUACGGAUACACUAGAAUGAAAGUGUUCAACAAAACUCAUUUGUAUCUAGAACAGGUAUCCGAUGACAAAGAUGGUGCUGUCUUAGACAGAGUUUGGCUCGUAAAAGAGAAUCCUUUGCCACAGUAUGUAGAAGUUUUCCCUACAAAUUAAUGUAAUAAACAAUUGAAAGUUAACGCCCUACUGCAAAUCAAGAUAAUAAUAUAGUAAAAUAUACAGAUUAUCGAAUCACAUAGUAAAUAAGGAAUUUUUUUACUUUGGCUGUGUAUUAUACGUAUAAUUAUGUAAUUAUAAGUCGGGUUUGGUACACAUUUUACGUAGCUGAACAUAACUACGGUCGAAAUGUAUACAUGAACAAUAAAAUGCGUGAUAUUCGCGUAUGAGCGAGUAAAAAAUUAGUAAAUGCAAAAAA